CCUCUCAAAUGUGAGUCAAGCAAAACAACCCACUCUAGGGUUCUUGAGCUUUGGUAGGUGCCUUUGAGGAAAAUUGGUCGAACUCAUCGGCUGGUUAAUGAGAGUUCCUUGAUGCCGCACCAUUUUUUUAUUUUAUUUUAUUUUUUUUAUUAUUAUCAUAUACGCAUAUCGUGCUUCUGCCCUUGACAGCCGGCCUACUUUCCUUAAACCAUCCUAUUUUAGCACUCAAAUCUCAUAAUCCUCGGUCUGGGUUAGAAGGAAUAAAUCUAUUCAUCGGUCAUAGUUGACAUUGAACUGUCAAACUCAGAGAACAAAAGAAAUACAGAAAAUCCAGCUGUUGGUUGAAGCAGAGGAACGUGACGCCAUUGACGCGAGAGAAGAGGAAGCUUUCUUUUCCCUUACGCAUUCAUCUUCUUCAACUAUUCAGUUCUGCGGCAAUGUCCGGCCAAUCCGCUUCCAUUCCUCUCGUAUCCAACUUCGCUUCACCGGCGGUGCAUAUCGUUUACACCGAGAGGCCUCACAAUGAAGAACCUGAAGCCUAUCAUAUCCGAACCCUAGCUUCUGUUCUUGGCAGUGAAGAAGCUGCUAGGGAGGCUCUUGUGUAUAGUUACAAGAAUGCUGCCAGUGGAUUCUCUGCUCGGCUUACACCCGAUCAGGUUGCGGAGAUCACCAAACAACCAGGAGUUUUACAUGUUGUCCAAAGCGGUAAUAAUAAGCUACAUUCUGGAGGAGGAGUAGCAAGGCUUCACUAGAACAACAUCAAAUUCUCUCCCUCUAAAUAUUGGUUUGUUGCCUAAAUAAAACUGUGGUUUGUGUAUUGGCAUUAUACUGAAUAGCCAUACAUUUAUAUGUAUAUCUAUCUAUUUACUAUAUAAUACAUCUGCUUGUGCCUUUUGUUGGCAAUUGACAAUGAAGCGAAUGGUUUUCCUUGGCUCAAUACACAAUUUGGUCCUUAAUGAAUUCCAUCCUUCAUGUAUAGAAAGAUUUCUAUUUAGUCCCUA